AUUCACUUCAAGACUAUUAAGUUUUCACUAUCGACAGUUCGAUUCAACCGCGUCAACCAAUACUUCAAGUUUCAGUUUGCAUUUCGAACCUCUUUGUAAUGACAUCGUUGGUAUUGCGAUUCAAGACGUGCCUCUAACUCUGCGACUCACGGGUAGAUGUAUCCAUUGAAGAAUAAUGAUUAGAUCAUUAAAAAAGAGAUGUUGAAUUCGCUUAGUCAAAAUGAACAACAUUAUAAGAAAUCAGGAUGCGGCCGGACUUAACACAAAACCCUCAUCCAGCGCCUCGUGGGUGUGCUCCGUAUUGCUAUCACUCGUCGUCUCUAUUAUCUGUGUAUUAGUACUCGUCUUGCUUGUGUGGAUAUAUUAUAGCAAUUAUAUGAAAAUGUACAGACCGUACAUCGAUGUGUCGCUAGAUGUUAAAUCGUUGGAUCUUGCUGAGAGUUUUAGAAUGUUGAGUUAUCUGAAGCAAAAGUCCUGAUGGCACGCAUCAUUUCUGCAUGAGAAGGACGUAUUUUUAGUACUGCCACAGCAGUAAAAUCCGAUCAGCUUUUCAUUCUCAUUUAGUAAUUUUAAUUUGAUAUCGUGUUCGUUUGAAAACACUCCUUAUUUUUCACAUAUAACUGCACCCUUAUUCUCGAGUGACUCGAAUGGAUUGAAUGUUUUUGGUGUUUUGGUAAGCAACACAAAUAUGCCACAUAGACAUAUACUUCUGAGAAAAAAGCCAUUUACUAUCAGAUACAUGCUCAAUACGGAAUAAUUGAAUAUUCUUAUUCUUUUGUCUCAAUAGCUAACAAAUGAGAUGAUCAUUCUAGUUUGUCGCUAAGUGUGUUCCAAUGCUAAUGGGCAUGCUUCAGCAAAGGCCACGGUUGAUAUGUUUGUUUGAUCUUAUCGUUUCGAAUGCAAAAUAAUAUUCUUUUGGGAGGCGUUCAUUUUUUCUU